GAUUUAUUUUGGUGGAAUACCGAAUACCCCAAGUUUAUAGACUCUGUUUGAUAAUCUCUCUUUAAUCCCCUCUCUCCAGUCUCAUCUCCCUGCUCUCUGCCCAGAACAGCGGAAGAGACAUGCAGCUCCUCUAUUUGAGGCCCAGUUGUAACACCAACAUCUGUUCCUUCUCAACACAGAGUAAAAAUGUGAGUUCUAGGAGGCAAAACCAGGUAGCCCAAAUACCAAAAGAACAGCAGCUGAACUUCUUGAAAACCGUGGCUCCACCCCUUAUGGCUGCCAUUCUUGCCUUUUCUCCAUUACUCCAUCCCCCGGUUUCACUUGGGCAAACCAUAGACAUACAAAAAGGAGCUAACUUGUUUCGUCAAGCUUGCAUUGGUUGCCAUGAUUCAGGUGGAAACAUAAUACAACCGGGUGCAACACUCUUCUUGAAAGAUCUGCAGAGAAACGGCAAUGACACGGAAGAGGAAAUAUAUCGUGUAACAUACUUUGGCAAGGGAAGAAUGCCAGGAUUUGGUCAGAAUUGUACACCAAGGGGCCAAUGCACAUUCGGUCCCAGGUUACAAGAAGAGGACAUUAAACUCUUAGCUGCAUUUGUGAAGCUUCAAGCAGAUCAAGGCUGGCCUAAUGUUGAAAACAGUGGAGAUUAGCCCUUCAAAAUGGUGAACUUUUGCAUCUAAUUAACCACCUUGCUGAUCUACCAUUGGACAAUGUAAAAAGCUUUGUGCGUUUUCAUUAAUUUUCAUUCAGACCAUUGCAUGCAGGGAUGGGUACCCCCAAUUGAGCUCAAAUGGACUUCUUUCUGCA